UGGACCAUCACACUGUCUCUAGACUCCCAGGUGUCUUGAGUUUGUGUAGAGUAGAUUACAGUAGAAUAAACUUUAUUUAAUUGCAGGUGUGAGACCUCAUCAAAUACCCAAAGGCAUCAAAAUAAUCAAUUUGGCUGAACUUCUGAGAAAAUGAGUGGUCCUUUGUGGACAGAGGAGCAGUUUAACUGCCCUGUGUGUUUGGAUUUGCCUACUGACCCGGUGACCAUUCCGUGUGGGCACAGUUAUUGCAUUGCCUGCAUCGCAGAUUACUGGGAUAACGAGGGCAGGAAGAACGGCAUCUAUAGUUGCCCGGAAUGCCGACAGACAUUCAACCCUCGCCCGACGCUUUGCCGGAACACCAUGCUGGCCGAAGCCGUUGAGCAGCUCCGCCGAGGGAACCUCAGCAUCUCUGGGCGGGAAUCCAUCAAGAGCGCCCGGCGGGCGGCCUCCUCUGCCUCUGACCGGGCACGCACCCGGAGCGGCGGGGCCCCGAAACAGCUGCCGGGAUCUGCUGUGCCCUGCGACCGCUGCCCGGAGCCCAAAGCGGCCGUGAAGACGUGCCUGGUGUGCAUGGCGUCGUUCUGCGAGGUGCAUCUGAAACCCCAUAAUACGCAACCUAAGCUGCAGAACCACGAGCUGAUCGCGCCCACCGGUGACCUCAGUCAGAAGAUUUGCCCCGAACACAAGUACCUGCAGGAGUUUUACUGCCAAUCGUGUCAGAUGUACGUGUGCUGGCUGUGCACCAGUAACCAGCACAAGGGCCACGAGAGUGUUUCCACUCAGGCAGAGCGCAAUGAGAAACAGAAAGAGCUGGGCGCAGUCGUUUCUGAGAAUCAUCAGAGACUCCAGGAGAGAGAAAGAGAGCUCAAAGACAUGAAGAAAGUCUUAGAGACGCUCACGCGUUCCUCAGACAUGGUGAGGGAUGAGGCAGAUGUGGUCCUGUCUGAGCUCCAGGAGUCAAUGCAGCGGAUGUUGGAGUUACUCCAGGAGGUGAUGCUCUCUGCCGGACAGGAAAAGGUCAGUGAGGCUCAGGACGUGGUGACCAAACUGGAAGCCGAAGUCAAACAGCUGAAGAGAAAAGAUAUGGAGAUGAAAGAUCUCAUCAACUGCCAGGACAAUAUCUACUUCCUGAAGACGUAUCAGUCUCUGUGUUCUCCACUGGAGGGGGGAGAGUUGGGGCCUGUGACUGUGAACCCUGAAGCCACAUUUGAUCCUGUGAGGAACGUCAUUCUCCAGCUCAGAGAGAAGGUGGAGGAGAUGUGUGACCAGGAGUUGGACAAGAUCAACAAGACAGUGUACAACACCACAGCGUUCACAGUGGCUGACCGCAACAGCCAAAAAAUGGGAGGCAUUAUGAAACUGUUUUCUGGAAAGGGAUCCAAAACUGCUCGUGCACAAGGGCCUCCGCCGCUGCCAUCAGUGAGCACGCGGGGAUCUGGUGUAACUACACGUACACAAGCCGUCAGAAACAGUGAAUCACGAGUUAACAGAGCCGCUACAAGCUCUCCAAGACCCGAAAGAUCACCAAGAGAAGAAAGAGAUGACACUGACAGGAGUAGAAAUUCAAUGAGACCAAGAGAGACACAAAGUAGAGAAGAAAGAGAAGACAAUGACGCAGACACCUGGAGUUUAAGUACAGUCAGAUCAAGAGGGAGACAGAGACGAGAUGAGAGAGAGCAGGAAAGAGAGACCUCGCAAAGGCGUCAAAGUACACAAAGCAGAGACACACGUAAUGAAGAACAAGCUGACACCUGGAGUGUUACUUCAUUCAGACCCAGACAGACGCAGCAGAGUGGAGAAGAGAGAGAUCAGGCAGAUCGGUGGACUUUAAGUUCGCUCAGACCGAGACAGAGGAGGGAGGUCAGAGAACAAGCCAAUGGAGAGACACAGAGCUCGAAUCAGCAAAGACCAAACACCACAGACAGACAGCAACCUGCCAGACAAUCGGACAGAUGGAGUCUGAGCUCUCUCUUACCCAGAAACAGGAAGAAAAGACAAGACACAGUGAAAGAUGCCACACCCACUAUACCAGAGGCAGAGCCAGUGAGACCUCGUAGCCCCUCCUCUCUCAGUGCCUGGGGGGAGCCAAAAGAAGUGAAUCCCGGCCUGUUCCUGGACUCACCUACUGGCAAUCCCAUGAUGAAUUCUGCUUUCCCCACACUGAGAGAAAUUAACAUUGACAGCAUUCAGGCUCCUGAGCCCAGAACUAGAGAUGAGUUCCUGCAAUAUGCUUGUGAUUUGACCCUGGAUCCAAACACAGCUCAUCGGCGUCUGGUUCUGUCUGAUGGAGACACUGUAGCCACCCUACACCAGACAUCGCAGUCCUACCCUGACCUCCCUCAGCGCUUUGAUGUCUGGACACAAGUGCUCUGCCUGCAGCCCCUCUCCUGCGACCGCUGCUACUGGGAGGUGGAGUGGAGGGGGCGUGGCUCCUCUCUGGGUGUGGCCAGUGGCUCCAUGCCCCACAAAGGUGCGGAUUCAGUGGCGGGGCUUGGUUACAACAACCAGUCGUGGAGCUUGGAGUUGUCAGACAUGUGCUGUGCGGCCAUGCACGCCAACAAGAAGGUGGAGAUCCCUGUUAUCUACAGCCCUCGUGUGGGGGUGUUUCUGGACAGAACUGCAGGGUCUCUGGCUUUCUACAGCGUGGAUGAUGGAUUGGUUCCUUUACAUAGGUUUCAUGGAUCAUUUCCAUCACAGCUGUAUGCUGCGUUUGGUGUGGGCUGUGGGGUAGGGGUGGGGCUUGAUUUUGCCAUGGGCCAGUUUAGUUCCACAUCAGACAGCAUUAAAAUCUGUCCAUUGUGAAUUGUUGGGGAAAUUGCACAAAGAACAUUUCCGGGUCAUAUUUCACCACCCUCAAAAUAUAAAAAUAAAUAAAUAAAUUAUAAUAAUAAAUUAUAAUAUUAUAUAUUUAUAAUAUAAUAUUUUUAAGAUAAUUAAGAUUUUUGUGCACCUGGAAUUUUGCAGUGCAGUUUUCCAAUCAUGGAAAAGUCAUGGAAAAUUAGAAAAAUACCUAAAUGUCCUUGAAAAUAAUUAUUUGUCCUGGAAAAUAUUUUAACUGUGUUGCAAACAAGGUUUUUGUUACAUGUACAAAAAAAUGGUAACGAUUGGAACUCAGAAUAGGAGUCAAAUGCACAAAUUUGAAUUGUUUUGUCACUGCCGGUGCCUGCGCAUUGUGAAACAACAUCAACGGUUAACUGUCAUGAACAAAUCCCUGUCACAUACAUUUUGUGCUCAUCUGCUGUCAUCUCUGCUUUGCUUCGUUCCAACCUUGCUGUUGUGUUAACCACAAAAACAUUGAAAUGAUAUAUAUUUAGACAACGAUGAUGGUCAGACCAUGGAUUUAUUUGACAACCAAUUCACACCGAGUUGGUAGUGUGGAGAUUCGGCCUUCAUACCUCAGGAUGUGAAUUAAUUUGUAAUAAUUCAACAAUGGGAGUCUGCUUAUACCAGGGUUACCACAUGUAGUAUGUGGAAAACAUGGACAGAAUCACAGAAUCUAGUAAAAAAACGCAGAAUGUCAUGGAAUACGAUAUAUUUGGAUGAAAAAUUUAUGUUUAAAUGCACAAUUAAUCAAAUUAAAAUUGCGAUAUGUCCCAGUGUGAUAAUUAAGAUGCAAAAUUCUGUGAUUUAAUUGAAUAAAUAAUCUGCGAGUGAUGCGCACUUCAAAUUGAAUGUGUGAAGCUGGCCGCUGAUAUUAUCAUCACGCUCGCUCUUGUGUGUGUGUGAUGACAGAGAGCAGAACACUCUGAAGUGUGCAGCACAUACAGACUAUGUAUUUAUUUAAAUAAAUCAUAGCUUUACGGGGAUUAAUAAUCACACUGGGCCAUGUAGUGAACUGCUUAUCUGGAGGUGAGAAACUACCAUUAAAAAACAGAGAAACACCAAAAAUAAAAGCUCGAUUUAAAUUGACGCAUGUGUUUUUGCUUAAAUAUUACACUUGUUGGGCACAUUAAAAUGUCCUGGAAAAUUGUGCCUUGAAAAGAGUGGGAACCCUGAUUAUGACAAUUUCAUGACAGUUAAUUAAAUAACUCUCAUUACUGCAAAUUAAAAUGAAAAUCUUUCUGUCCAGACACAAGAACUUUAUUAAAAUCAACAAAAAAUAAUUACAGAACUACAACCAAGAUGUAUAUAGGUAAAUAAAUAUACUUGACAAUUUAAAAUAUUUAUUUGCAUUGCAGUAAUAAGAAUGAGAUUUUUACAUAUUACGGUAAUGAUAACAAGCUGUGAAAUUGUGUUUAUUUUCAUGAAAAUAAUGACACCAAUGCAAAUAUAUUUACUUUACAAUUUAAAAUAUUUAUUUGCAUUACAGAAAAGGGAAUUAGAUUUUUACACAUUACAGUAAUGAUAAUUGGGGGUGAAAAUGUGCUUAAUUAUCCUGAAAAACAAAUGACAUCUAUGUAAAUAUAUAUACACUUUAAAAUGUAACAUAUUUAUUUGCAUUACAAUAAAGAGAAUUCGAUUUUUACACAUUACGGUAGCCUAAUGAUAAUUGGGGGUGAAAAUGUGCUUAAUUAUCCUGAAAAUAAUGACAACAAUGCACAAUGGUAUAAAAUAUAGGGUUUCAUUUGUUUUAUGCAUAAUAUUCAUUUUUUCUUUAGAUUUUUGAGCAGAAAUAUAACCCAGACAUGUUCUUGACAGGUUUCAUGAGAUUCACGCUGUUAGGGAUCAGGGUUAAAUGCAUUGAACGGCUAUGGCAAAUAACGGACACAAAUAACUAAUUUACAUAAAUAUAAAUGUUUAAAAUUUAAUCAUUUAAUUUAUGCAUAUUUUAAUGAGG